CAGGGAGGAAAGCUGUUAUUUUCACCUGAGAGGGCAAUAGAACACACAGCACAAGGGGUGGAGGAGAGCAGGAAGAACUUUGUCUGUGGGGUUGCUCUUCUCAUUGCCUUCAGUUGACCUCAAGGCUUUGUGGAACUGGACUAUGGGACACGGUUAGCUACAGUAUAUGGCCUCUGGCUGAAGCUCUAAGGACUUUAUGGGUGUUUGAGGCUCAGGCCUCCUGUGGAUGUCUGGGUACUGAGCCCCUGAGUCAUUGUCUAUGAAUACACUGGCUGUCUGUACUGUAGUGAGUGGGUCCAAGCCAGCUAACCUCAAGGAGGAAGAUGUGGGAGAUGCGCACAGACACAAACAUAUGUCCUACAGAACAUGAAUGAAAAAGAACACUCUUUGAUGCUUCUGAGUGUGAAGUAACACACAGGUUACACUACAGAGAGUUCUGGACGUACCCUCUCUUUCUCUCUCUCUCUCUCUCUCUCUCUCUCUCUCUCUCUCUCUCUCACACACACACACACACACACACACACACACACACACACACACACACACACACACACACACACACACACACACACACACUCUAACACACCCCCUGAGACAUGGAUACUAUGGUGAAGCAGUCUCUGGCGGUGCCCAUGAAGAAGCUGUCCAGCUGUGUGACAGGAGUGAAGGAGAGAGAGGUGUGGGCCAGGCGUAGGGCCAAGAGGGGGACAGGAGGAGUAAAGAGCAGCCCUCCACGGACGGGACAGACCUCCGUCACAUGCUCCUACCAAACUGACCUGGAGAAGGAGAGUUGUGUUGAUUCCAGGAAGCUGAGGGAAGCCCUGAAUGCUCAGAAGCACGCAGAGAGAGCCGCCAUGAGGGAUCACUUCAGGAAGAAGUACCAGCUCUCCAAGAGUUCCAAGGACACCAGCCACCUGAGUGCGGCGCAAGGGAAAGUGGCACUCCCCCGUCAACUGGCUAAACUGAUUGGUCCUGAGACCCCGGCCAAGGACGAUGGCUACAGCCUGCUGAGCGCCUUCCAAGGCCUCAACUUCAACAUGGGGAUGCUUGGAGGCAAGCAGACCAAGUCGUCCACUCCAAUGUCAGUCAACGGAGAGGCCUGCAAAGUCAUGUGAUCAAAGAGAACAUACUAGAUACUACACAGAAUCAACCUGCAACAUGCUAAAAACAUGCAUUAUGCCUAAAUGAUGAAGAAUAACAUUUUAACACAACGUAGUAGCAGAUUGGAGGGAACACAUUGACAGACGACUUUGUCACAGUUGCUCCUCUAUCCCUUUAUCUCCUUAUCUGUCUUUAACUCUCUCUUUCUCUCUCUCUCCCCACCCUCUCUCUCUCUCCCUUUUUCCCUCUCUCUCUUCUCUCCCUCUCUCUCUCUCUCUCUUCUCCCCUCUCCCUCUCUCUCUCCACCCCUCUCUCUCCAUCCCCCCUCUCUCGCUCUCCAUCUCUCUCUUCACCCUUUCUCUCUCUCUCUUCACACCCCCCCUCUCUCGCUCUCUCUCUCUUUUCACCUCUCUCUCCCUUUCUCUCUUUCUUCACCCCCGCUCUCUCUCUCUCUCUUCACCCUUCUCUCUCUCUUCACCCGCCUCUCUCACACCAACCCCCCUCCCCCUCUCACUCUCUCUCACUGAGUGAUCUGCUGAUCAGACUGUUGACAAUAGAGCCAGGCUGUGAGGAUGUCAGGGGAAAUUAUGUCAUGAAUGACGUCAUCCCUGUGUCACUGAUAGUAGGACAUGGCUGUCAUUGUUACUAUUUGCAUAGAACUGGUCUGGACCAUACAGGAACUAACUGGAUGAAACUGGAUUGGAUCUGUUACAGAUCAUUAGGCCCAUUUGGGGCCCACACACACAGGGAAGGAAUCCUAACAAGAUUAUAACCUUAAGUGUUGUUUUCACAUUUACUUCACUUUUCAGUUCCUUGUUCCCAAAUAUUUGUCUUGUUAAUCUUUGUUUUGUACAUAACCUUUGACUUUUGUGGUGUAUAUAAGUCAAACGCUGUCCUUAUUAUGUUGUUACAAAGAAACUGUUAAUAAAGACUAGUUUGGUACUGACGUACUACAGAGA